AUGAAGGCCACCACUGCUUCAAUUCUAUUAGCUCUUUCUGCCGCUGUCAAUGCCCGGCCAGCUGUUGACACUGCCUAUGAGUAUAAGGGUCCAGCUACUCCAGUAGGUGACUGGGUUGAUCCUACAAUCAAUGGAAACGGUAAAGGCUUCCCUCGCCUGGUUGAGCCUCCUGCCGUCAAGCCUACCACAUCAUACCCGACUAAUAAUGUGAACGUGAUUUCUCUGUCGUAUAUUCCCGAUGGCAUUCACAUUCACUUCCAGACACCAUUCGGACUAGGCAAGGCACCCACUAUCAAGUGGGGUGACAGCCCUCGUCACUUAAGCAAGAUUGCUUCGGGUUAUUCUCACACCUAUGAUCGGACCCCAUCUUGCUCCGAAGUCAAGGCUAUCACCCAGUGCAGCCAGUUCUUCCACGAGGUAUCGCUACCUCAUCUUGAGUCGGGCAGAACCUACUUUUAUCAAAUUCCGGCCUCAAAUGGUACCACAGAGUCUGAGGUCCUGAGCUUUACCACUGCUCGCAAGGCUGGUGAUCCCACUGAGUUCACUGUGGCUGUUCUAAAUGAUAUGGGAUAUACCAACGCUCAAGGUACCCACAAGUACCUUGCAAAAGCUGUCGAUGAAGGCGCCGCUUUUGCCUGGCACGGUGGUGAUAUUAGUUAUGCAGAUGACUGGUAUUCUGGUAUUCUUCCUUGUGAGGAUUCCUGGCCUGUCUGCUAUAAUGGCACCGACAGCUCUCUUCCUGGCGGUGUUAUUACCGAUGCUUACAAGAAGCCUUUACCCACGGGCGAGAUUCCCAACCAGGGUGGACCCAAUGGCGGUGAUAUGAGUGUUUUGUACGAAUCUAACUGGGAUCUCUGGCAGCAGUGGCUGGGCAAGGUCACCAAGAAAAUUCCAUACAUGGUGCUUCCUGGAAAUCAUGAGGCUGCAUGUGCCGAGUUUGAUGGCCCUGGCAACGUUCUAACUGCCUACUUGAACGAUGAUAUCACAAACGGCACUGCUUCUGAGGACGCACUUACUUACUAUAGCUGCCCGCCUUCGCAGAGAAACUUCACUGCCUAUCAGCACCGUUUCCGCAUGCCCGGCGCUGAGUCUGGCGGCGUCAGCAACUUCUGGUACUCCUUCGACUACGGUCUUGCUCACUUCAUCUCCCUGAACGGUGAAACCGACUACGCCAGGAGUCCUGAGUGGUCUUUCGCAGAAGAUGUCUCUGGCAACGAAACCCAUCCUACCGAGUCAGAGACUUUCAUCACAGAUAGUGGUCCUUUCGGUCACGUUGGAAAUGUAUCAGACACCAAAUCCUACGAGCAGUAUAAGUGGUUGAAGAAAGACCUGGCCAGCGUAGACCGCACCAAGACCCCAUGGGUCAUCGUUAUGAGCCACCGCCCCAUGUACAGUUCAGCCUACUCCUCCUAUCAGCUGCACAUCCGCGACGCAUUUGAAGCAUUGAUGCUACAGUAUGGUGUUGACGCCUACUUCUCUGGCCACAUUCACUGGUAUGAGCGUCUUUAUCCUAUUAGUAGGAACGGUACCAUCGAUACAGCCUCUAUAGUAAACAACAACACCUAUUUCACAAACGCUGGCAAGUCAAUAACACAUAUCAUCAACGGUAUGGCGGGUAAUAUCGAGAGCCAUAGCGAGUUCAGCAGUGGUCAGGCCCUGACCAACAUCACUGCCGUGCUCAACAAAAAGGAUUACGGGUUUAGCAAGAUGACUGUUGCUAACGCCACUGCGCUGAAAUGGGAGUAUAUCCGUGGCAAUGAUGGCUUGGUUGGUGACUCUCUUUGGCUCAUUAAGCCUUCUUCUGAGGCUUAUAAGCUUCGCAAGAGCCCUGUUGGUCCUAAAUCUGGAUAUCUUUCUCACAGAGUCCCCCUAGAAUGA